AUGUCUCGUCGACUAUCAUAUGCUGAAAAGGGUAAAGGCCUUCAACGCCCUAUCUCACCUCCACGCCGCGGUAGAGUUAUUCUCCCCGACUUUGACACCUCAGAGCUGAUGCGGAAACAUGAGCUCACCCUCAUCGGUAGAACCACAAACCCCAGGGCACAGCGAAUGUGGUCUCUCAUUCCCUUUUUCGCUGACCACUGGAAAUGCAAAUACAAGCCCUUUGGAGCUGAUCUGGGACAAGGAAAAUUCCAGUUUCAAUUUGAAAAUCAUGAAGAUCUCCAAGCAGUGCUUGAUAACGGACCGUACCACUUUGCGAAAUGGAUGGUUAUUAUCCAAAAAUGGGAGCCAAGCAUCUCACCUAAAUUCCCUUCCCAAAUUCCGUUUUGGAUCCAAGUUCAAGAUGUACCUGUUCACCUGUGGAAUGAAGCCAUCCUUAGGGGUAUUGGAGAAGACAUUGGUACAUUUGAUGUAUGGGAGAUUACGGCCUCAAAAGCACGAUUCAGAGCGUUCAUUAAUGGCUUGCGUCCCCUUAUCUUUAAAACCACCUUGGAGUUUGCUAAUGGUGAUGAAGUCUCAGCAACCUUACUGUACGAGAAGCUUGAGAAGCACUGCAAGAUUUGCUAUAUGUUGGACCAUGAAAAAGAAGAUUGUCAUCUUAAUAAGUCCCAUCAAAGCAACAAACUCAAAUCUCAUUUCCAGGGGAACCCACAAAGAAAGGAAGAAACCUUACCUCCCCGAAGAAGCUACUCAGCCAAACAGGGUGAUAAAGACCCUGACUCCCGCCAACCUAAUGGCUUUAUGCGAGAUGCUAGGAGGACUGGGUUCAAUCACCAGCCACCUCCAUCUUCUGCAUACAGAUCUGGUAAUAGGACUUAUGAUGGUGGGAGAAGAACUCACCGAACUUUUCCCCGAGCCAGUCAAGAUUCCUCCCGUACUCAAACAAACACUACAAGACAAAGAUCUGAAUAUGAACAUGGUGGUUCUAGAUGGGUUGAUACGGGUCAAAGACUUCCCCAAUCAGAAUAUUCACAACACAGAGACAAAACAAGAGGGUCCAAUGUUCAAGCUGAGGAAACGAAUGGUGAAAGAAUGGCUACCUCACUAUUGAAAACACUGCCACGCUCAGCCCCUGCACCCCCAGUAGAACGUGCAUAA